AUGCAGAGGCUGCGGAGUCCACCGAAACACAGGCACGACGGGACUUCGCCGUUACCGUUGGGGAUGGAUUGGAGUCCUCCGCCUCGAAAAUGGAGUGGGCGAGAAACCGUUUGGCCUCAUGAUCCUAGAACGGGAUGGAGUUACUGUGUCACUAUACCAUCCUGGGUCGUCCUCCCAAAAACAAGAGAUUCAGAUCCCGUAGUGUUUUACAGGGUUCAGGUGGGUGUACAAUCACCAGAAGGGGUUACAACCAUGCGUGGAGUGUUGAGAAGAUUUAAUGAUUUUAUGAAGUUAUUUAAUGACCUUAAGAAGGCAUUUCCCAGGAAAAAUCUCCCACCAGCCCCACCCAAGGGACUUCUGCGUUUAAAAAGCAGGGCACUCUUGGAAGAGAGAAGGUAUUCUUUGGAGCAGUGGAUGACAAAACUGCUGUCUGACAUUGAUUUGUCAAGAAGUGUUGCAGUGGCAUCCUUUCUUGAAUUAGAAGCUGCUGCGAGGUCUUCAUUCCAAGAUGUAAAUCAUCAGUCAACAGAAGCAAGUCCUACCAGUGAUAGUUCAUCUUCCUUACUUCAGAUGCCUCCAAAUUUAAGUUCUUCUCUUGCUGCCAGUUCAUCAGUUGCAUCAGAUUAUGGUAGUGAUACUGCUUAUGAGACAUCUGAUCUUGGAACACCAAGGUUGGGAAGAGAUGAAAAUUUGGGAAUUGGCUUGGGGGAUCUAGCACUGGAUGAAGAUUUGACCAGUCCUAUAGAAAAACUUGUGAAGUAUGGCAUGUCAAACAUUGACGAGGGUCUGUUUAUGGGACAGACUAUUCUAGAGCAACUAGAAGGUAUUCCUAGGCAUAAACCCCAUGGUGGACAUAUGAACAAUGUUACAGGGAAAGAUAGAUAUAAUGGAAAUGCAUCUAAAGCUCCAUUUCUUGCUGGAAAUGGGAUGGAACUUUUCUCUGAGCCGGAGCCUGCUAAGGUAUUUGGUCAUGUUAGAAAGUUAUCUAGUGAAAGUAUUGGAAGUGAUGGAAGUUCUCUACGAGGUAGUGAAAUAUCAAAUGCUGGGGUAUUAAAUUCGUCUGGUGAUGGAUCUCUUGACCUUCCAGGAGUAGCUGAGGUUUCAAGUUCCACAGAAAUUCUUGGUAAUACAGAGCUGCAGUUUUCAGGUGAUGCACACAUAGUGCUUCCUUUGGAUCAGCGUCAUAAAGUGAACAGGGUUCUAGUAACAAUGCAGCGGAGGCUAGUCACAUCUAAAACAGACAUGGAAGACCUCAUAUCAAGAUUAAAUCAGGAAAUAGCUGUAAAAGAUUACCUUACAACAAAGGUCAAGGAUCUGGAAGUGGAAAUUGAAACCACCAAACAGAAAAAUAGAGAAAACAUGCAGCAAGCUAUUUUGAUUGAGAGGGAAAGGCUUACCCAAAUGCAGUGGGAUAUGGAGGAAUUGAGGCGGCAAUCAUUGGAAAUGGAAUUGAAAUUGAAGUCAAAAGAGGGUGAGCAUUCAAGUACAGAAUUUCAAAUGGCAUCUACUGACCAUGAAAAAGAAAAAGACAUAGCACUCGAGGAGUUGGAUGCUACUAGAAAACAACUUGAGGAUUUGUCCAAGCGAUAUGAAGAGCUUGAAGCAAAAUCAAAAGCAGAUAUUAAAUUUCUUGCAAAAGAAUUUAAAUCCCUUAAAAGUUCCCAGACAGCAUUAAAGCAAGAGCUUAGUCAAUCACUGAAGGAAAAAUCUGAAGUUGAGAAACUUCUAUACGAAGAAAGAGAAAUGAAGGAGCGUGAGAAAAUUACUCGGAAGAAAUUGCUAAAUGAUUGCAAGAUUCUCUGUGACCGGCUGCAAGAAUGCAACGUUAAUUUGUCUAGUGAAGAUGAUAAGUUUAUAUUGGAAUCUUCACUGGCUGAUGCUUUAGAUUUGCUAACCACAUCUGAUGAUCAAAUUGGUCAUCUACUAGCGGAGGCGCAACUAUUAUUUGAAGAUGAUAAAAUCACUGCCCCUGAUGACAACACGAGAGCAACAAAUGAUGAAUUGAGGAAGAUGUUGGCAAAUAUCUUCACAGAUAAUGCCAAGUUGAGGAAACAGGUGAACUCUAUUAUGCGUCUUGCUCUUAAAAUGGGCAGCUUCUCUAGGAGUAGUAAUGACGAGGCUCCUUCAAGUAAUAAUAAUGAUAUUCGCACGGAGGUUGGAGUUUGGACACUGAUCGGACUGGCUAGAAAAGUGAAGGGAGUCUGUGCCAUGGCUGUGGAUUGGGAAUAG